UCACGUGCGCCGCGGUGCGGGGUGGGUGGUGGUCGUCAAGGGGCCUCUGGCGGCGGCGGAGUUCGCGCGCCUCCACCACGGGCCCAGCGGUGGCCCACGACUUGAUCCUGAAGCUCGGCGAAUUCACCUUCCAAGUCACUCGUCGCCUGCCCCGGCCCGUCACUCUUCCGUCGCUCGCUAAAUCUGCCGUCGUUACCGCUGAUGUGCGAACUUCAUUACUUCAUUCAUUGAUUCCUCCCGACCCGCGUUGAGGCCUUCCUUGCCUGGCUGUUUAUUCUCAUCCGUGACUGCGUUCAACCACCAACACUGCGGAGAUGAGCAAUACGGAGCUGCUGCACCUGGGCACCCAGAAGGACGAGCUGCUCUAUAGGCGGCUUAUGCUGCAGGCUGUAGAAGAAGCCCAGGCGGCUCAUCCUGUGCCUGUCCCGCCAUCAAAUCAGAUCACCCCUUCGCCAGGCUUCUGUGUAAAAACCCAAGGGGGUCCCGAGGGAGAGCAGCCUGGCAAGGUUUUUGUGAACGUCUGCACGUCACCCGCGGUGCCUUCUCCUCCGUCGAUAUCGGAGGAGCAGCUGGCUACGCUGCUGGACUCCAGCGAUCCCACCUCCUUCCGCGUGCCCAUGAGCCUUGGAGAGCCACACAAUGAGUUUGACACAGGUGGAAAUGUUUGCACGGCGUACGACGUGGUCAUAAACCCGGAAUUCUAUGAACGGGCAAAGGGGAGUGAACUCUUCAUGAACUUCCUGCUCAUCGUGGUGCUCGAGGGAUUGGAGGACAAGUACCACAUUCAGAUAAACAAAGAGUGGAAGCUGCUGAAGAACCGCAAGUUCAUGGGCUCCCUGUCCCAGCAGCACGUACGAACGCGUCCUCGCCCCGUCAUCCAGGAGCUGUCCUCCGGGUCAUCACAACUACCGAGUAACCAACCCAAGGAGAGAGAAUCGAUCGUUCAGCCAAAGUACCGGCUGCUGCGAGAGCCCGCAAGUGGACAGCCGCGUUUUCUGGUUGCGGAAAUUAACUUGCCGAAGAUGACAUCCAGCAGCUCCCUACAGCUGGACUUGGGGGAAGACCGAGUGGUGCUGUCCACGCAACCAAGUCGCCUGCCUUGUUUAGAAUUCGACUUGCCCUGGUGUGUACAGCAGGAGGAGAGCUCAGCCCAGUUCAACCGUGACACCAAGAUCCUACACAUCACCAUGCCCGUUAAGGAGUAAAGGUCUUGCCAUGCAACAGAGAAUUAAAGUGACGGAGCUAGGGCUUCUUGUUGUGUCUCUGUGCUGCGCUCCAAUCCUGAGUGAGGGCCUCUGUUUACUUUGAGGGCGAGUAAUGUCUAUGGAGCUCUAUCAUGCCGAGUUUCCACAGCAUAUUGUAAUCACGGUGUUCCGUCAUCAGGCCACGUGCAUACAACUAAGAGUAGGCCUCCGCGGCCAUGAGCAUGCCGGGACCGUGCAGAGACAGCACCACUGUCAGUGCUGACGUUGGACCAAUGGCGGCAGGACCCGUGACAUUGCUUCGUUGUCACCGUAGCUACAAGAAGCAUCAGCCGUGAUAUCGCUCAUCUCACUCAAACCCACUCAACCAUUUAACCAAUUAACAGUGUCAAACAGACACACGGUGUGGACAUUUAACCUCAGGAGUUAGAUAACCUGCGCUCAUUACUUCCCGACCAUUACCACCACCACCCUGAUGCUGCCUAGAUUCCUGAUGUGGUGUGCUCUCCUGGGUUCGGAUUAUUUGGUGACCCAGGUGCCUCUUGCAUGCGAGGCCGUCCUUGACUCUUGAGUUAUCGUCUGGCUAAACAAAACUAAUUCUGGACUAAACUGGGUCAUUGUGGAUGGGAGAUGAGGUACAGUUCAGGUCGAAGCACGUCUUUGGUCCAUUGGCAAUCGAUUGUGGAAACACGGCAAAAGUUGCUCUGUGUAGAGUUCUUUGUGUUCACAAAUGUGAUCAAUAUUGUUUACUUGCCUAUUUGAUAUUUUAAAAAAACUCAAUAAAUGAUUUCACGUAA